AUGGCGAUAUUUUUAGCGAUUUUAGCCAGUGUUUUGGUGAUUUUUUUGAGUUUUUAUCUGUAUUCUUGGACCUAUUGGUUACGACGUGGCAUCCCGGGACCACUAGGUUUUCCGAUUUUUGGAAAUUUAUUGAAUCAUUUUCAUCAUGAGGAGCCGCUGGGUUUGAAGUUGCAGGAAUUCACCAAGGUUUGUGAGAAGUGAAGCAAAUGCGCUCUAAUCGUUUUAUUUUCCUUUACAGAAAUAUGGAAAAGUUUUCGGAAUAACCGAAGGUCUUCGACAAACCCUGGUAAUAAGUGAUGUUGAGAUGAUCAAUGAGGUAUUUGUGAAACAAUUCGAUAAUUUUUACGGGAGGAAACUAUCGCCAUUACAUGGUGAUCCGGAAAAUGACGAAAGAGUUAGUAUUUUCAUAUCACAAGGACAUCGCUGGAAAAGAUUGAGGAAUUUGUCGAGUCCCACUUUUUCGAGCGCUAGUUUGAGGAAAUUAUUGGGGACGGUGGAGGAUUCGGUUUUUCAGAUUUUGGAUGUUUUGGAGAAGAAAGGGUGAGCGAUUUGUUUGACAGCUUUUGAAGGUGUAAAGGCGGAGUGUUGUCUACAUUUUUAUUUUUCAAUGGGGUUCCCCCUGUUCUCAUUUUUGAGAUGUCGAAAUUUUGGAUUGCGGAUUUUUUCCCAAUACGAACGUCCACAAGAAUCCGAUCCUGGACGUUGUGAACGAAAAACACGUGAUUUACCCACUUGACCAUUUCCGACACAAGAAACGCUUAUCGUUUUGUUUAGAAAUCAUCGAAGAAAAAUUUUGACGUGAGAAAAAAACAUGUUUUUAACGAAAGGAGACUGUUAGGGAGCUGGGAGCUAGUAUUUUUUUUAAUAAUUCCUGUUUUCAGUGGUGAUCAAAUCGAUAUGCUGGAAAUCUAUCAAGAAUUCACAUUGGAUGUGAUUGGAAGAAUUGCGAUGGGUCAAGAAGGUUCGAAGAUCUUUGAGAAUCCAUUAUUCUCCCCAGUUCGUCAGAUCUUCGGAAAAGGGAAUCGAUGGCUCUUCACAAUUUUAUCAGUUCUUCCAAAACCUCUUGCUCUAAUGAUCCGAAAACGGGUAAUGCAACCAUCAGAAGCCUCGAAAAACCCGGCAGUUAUCAUAAGUCUAGUGAUACAAAAAGCGGUGUCGGAGAGAAUCAGGCAACGAAAAGAGCAAGGAGCCCCGGGAGAACCGGAAGAUUUUAUCGAUUUAUUUUUGGACGCGCAAUCUGAAAUCGAUAUCAAAUCGGAGAAAAAUGAGGAAUUUUUAAAAGCGAAUAUCGGGAAAAUUGACCGAAAAUUAAGCAUGGAUGAGAUUAUCGCGCAAUGUUUUGUGUUCAUUGUUGCUGGAUUUGAUACAACCGCGCUGUCACUCGCAUUUUCCACGUGGCUUUUGACGCGGAAUCCGGAAAAGAUGCGGAAAGCGCAGGAAGAGAUUGAUGAGAUUUGUACAGAUGCUGUAAGUUCUUUAUUAUUUUUCGGUUGAAAAACAAAGUUUUAAAAUAUGUUUAUAGAACAUUAGCUUCGAUCAAAUUGCUAAACUCAAAUAUUUGGAUAAUGUUGCGAAAGAGGCUUUGAGAUUAUAUCCAUUGGCAGGAUUGUGAGCUUGAAAAAAUUUUAGUCCUCAAAACCCUAAUUUAUUCCAGAGCUGUAUCUCGAAAAUGUAUGAAGAGCACCGAAGUUUGUGGAAUUCGAAUUGAAAAAGAUACAAAUAUUCAAGUUGAUACAUGGAGUGUACAUUAUGAUAAACAAAUUUGGGGAGAAGAUUCGAAUGAAUUUCGACCGGAAAGAUGGAAUGAUCAGCAGAUGAAAAAUGGAGCAAAUUAUUUACCAUUUGGUUUUGGGCCAAGACAAUGUAUUGGAAUGAGAUUGGCUAUGAUGGAAGAAAAAUUGAUUUUGGCGCAUAUUUUGAGAAAAUUUGAUUUUGAAAUUGGAUCGAAGACACAGAUUCCGUUGAAAUUGGUUGGAAGAGCCACUACACAACCGGAAACUUUGGUUUUGAAAUUGAGAAAACGGGAUUAUUGA